GGCUGUCAUUCUCAGAGUUGUUGUCUGUGACACGCGGUUUUGUUAUUCUUCGGUGAAAACAAAUCAAACUGAAUCAAAUAAAUAUAAAUUACGAUGGAAGUUGAAACGGAAUUUAAACAUUCAAUUAAGGUGCCGAUGCAGUACAAAAAAGCGGCCAAAGUUCUGAAAAACUCAAUGGAAAGUAAUGCUUCAAUAAAAGGGCAGAUAUUUGCAGAAAAACAUGCGAAAACCAACCGUUUAUAUGCAUUAAUCAGCAAAAUCUCACAAAAUAAGGGGACAAUCGAUGCUCUGCUGGAACGGAGUAAGAUUUUGGAGCGAGAAAAUCGACUUGACAAGUAUUUGUGUUACGUUUUGGUAACCGAAUUGGUGUUUGGAGCAAAAAAAUUGAAUGGAGAGUCAAAGCCGGUAUUGUGUGUUGCUGGUUACGAAGAGAAAUUCAAAGAAAUAUUAGCAGAAAUCCAAAAUGAAGGGAAAUCUGGAACUAGCGCUGGUUCGUCCGUACAAAAUAGCGUGGCAAAACCUCGAUAUGUUCGUGUAAACAGAAAUCAAAUGUCACGAUCAGAGGCUAUGGAAGUAUUUGCCAACGAUGGAUGGAUUGAAGUAAAAUGUGAAAAUUACGAUGAUUUCCUGAAUGCAAUCGAAAACUUCAGUGACGAGCAAUUCGUUGCAGAUAUACAUGUAAAAGACUUGUUUGUGUUCCCAGCGAGCAGUAAACGAUACUGGGCAUUGAGCAGUUUAACCAAAGAAUCUAAAGUCAUUCUUCAAGACAAAGCCAGUUGUUUGCCAUCAUUCUUAUUGAGCCCGCCACGUGGAAGUUAUGUAUUGGAUAUGUGUGCCGCACCCGGUAUGAAAACGUCGCAUUUGGCAGCCAUCAUGAAAAAUCGAGGAACAAUUUGGGCAGUGGAACGAGAUCGAAGACGUUUCGAGACAUUAACUCAAUUUGCACAGAAAACAAAUUGCAAAAUUGUCAAAACCAUCAAUGACGACAUCCUUUCGAUAGAUCCCGCUGAAUACGAAUUGGUGGAGUAUAUCUUGCUAGAUCCACCAUGCUCUGGUAGUGGAAUGACCAAUCGCAUCAAUAUUUUCGAAGAAAAUUCCGUCGACAGAUUGCUUCAAUUGCAAUCGUUACAAUCGAAAAUGUUGAUUUUUGCAUUGAAAAACUUUCCAAACGCCAAGAAAUUGAUCUACUCAACGUGUUCAAUCAAUGUCGAAGAAAAUGAACAGGUCAUUCAACGGGCACUCGAAAUAUGCACAGACAGUUAUUGGAAAUUGGUGAAACCAAUCGAAUUUGCGGAAACAUGGAAAAAUUUCGGCAGUCCCAAGUACAAACACAUUGGCAAAAAGUGUCUUUAUGCCAAACCAGAUAUUGAUCGAACCGAUGGAUUUUUCGUGGCAAUAUUUGAACGGGAACAGCAAACCGAAUAAAUUACACGUGUGUAAUGUUGACAUUAAUUGAAAUAUCCAUUCUUUUUGUUUGUUGAAUUCUUGAAAUAAAUCCAAUUUUUAUUCUGAAUUUCAAUAGUUAUAAAUGACAUUCAAUGUACACUAUUCCAUGAGUCAUUCAAUCAAAAGGCUUAGAACGAUCGGAAAGUUGUUCGUUUCAAACGAUGAAAUCAGUCGAAAACGUGCUAAAUAAAUGAACCAUCAAAUUUACAUUUAAGUGAAGCUCGACUUACUCUACGUUUACAAAAAACAUAUAUGUUCAUUCUUUUCUUUGUUGUGAUUUCAUUGUCAAGAAAAUAUAGUUUAAAGGGAAAAAAAAUCAAUUCAUAAAUAAAUUUGAAAAUUGUAUUCAAUGGAAUGGUUACGUUAA